AUGGUACUUACAUUGGAUGAUAUUGACAAAAACCCAGAAUUGAUUAGCACUACUGAUUAUUUUGAAGGAAUAUUAAUUAAUUUCCGUCCAUUAUUACUGACGGAUGAGAAAAAAUUAGCUCAGUUUUUAGAAAAUCUAGGUCCACAAACGCGAGAAUUUUCAACCCGUAAUGGUUAUGAUUUGAAUGAAGCUCGUGAUUUAUGUUUUGCAAUAAAUCGAUAUGAUAAACUACGUCUUGUUGCUUUGAUUAAUAAUGAGACAAUCAUUGCUUUAUUCGAAUUUAGUUUAUCUAUUGUUGAGAAUGAAUAUAAACGCUUUGCAGAGAAAUAUGGUAUCAUAUUAAAUGAAGUAACAUAUAUGAGAUUUGGUCCGUGUAUUAGUGGUCAAUAUCAAAAUCGUCAUUUUGGUUGUUGGCUGUUUGAAAAAGUAAAAUCUAUGUGUAUGUUAAUGGGUAAAGAACGUUUAAUACUAUGGGGUGGUGUUUUUACGCAUAAUAAACGUGCUAUAAGAUUUUACGAAAAAGUUGGAUUCAGAAUCUUUCAAGAUAGUUAUAUGAAUGAUGGUCAAUAUGAAUGUUUAGAUGGCAUUUAUUAUUUAUUGCAAUGA